UUUCUACGGGUGCCGGGAGGAGGACGUGUGCACAAUCCUUCUUGCACCACGAGAGGCGCCGGUGUCUCUAGUGGUGGCGCCCGCUUCUACGGAGAUUGCAGCUUCUGUCUGAUUGUUUUUCCUUUCCUCCUCCAUCCCUUCCACAUCCCACAGCUUAGUGUAGAGACCCAUGUUUGGAGGAGCCUGACCAAUCUCACUCCCUUACAGCGGAACUUCCCACCGGAGGAUUGUGGAGACCAGCUAGGUUGAAAUGGAGAACCAAGAAUCAACAGAUUCUUCCCAGAACGCCAAACAGCACAUUAUUUCAGAGGAGUUGAUUUCGGAAGGAAAAUGGGUCAAAUUUGAAAAAACAACUUACAUGGAUCCUACGGGUAAAACUAGAACUUGGGAAACAGUGAAACUCACAACCAGGAAGGGAAAAUCUGCUGACGUUGUGUCCAUCAUCCCGGUGCUGCAGAGGACCCUCCAUUAUGAGUGCGUUGUUCUGGUGAAGCAGUUCCGACCCCCGAUGGGUGGCUACUGCCUGGAGUUUCCAGCAGGGCUCAUCGACGAUGGGGAAAGCCCAGAAGCAGCUGCUCUUCGGGAGCUAGAGGAAGAAACUGGCUACAAAGGGGAUGUUGCUGAAUGUUCUCCAGCUGUGUGCCUGAAUCCGGGCUUGUCGAACUGUACCGCACAUGUUGUGACAGUGACCAUCAAUGGAGAUGAUGCUGCAAAUGUAAGGCCGACGCCCAAACCAGGGGAUGGAGAAUUUGUGGAAGUGAUUUCUUUACCAAAGAAUGACCUACUGACUAGACUGGACGCUUUGGUAGCAGAAGAACAUCUUACAGUGGAUGCCAGGGUCUACGCCUACGCUCUGGCACUGAAACACGCGAACUCGAAGCCAUUCGAAGUGCCCUUCCUCAAAUUUUAAGGCCAAGAAGGACACUGGCCAUGUUUUGUAAAUGAGACCAUAAGGCCUUAACUGUUCAGUGUAUUCAAUUAAGUUUAAUGUAGAUCGGAAAUCAGCUUUUUCAUAAAAUAAAAGCAGCCCAGACUGCAUGUGGCAUGGAAUUAUAA